GUAGCUCCGAAGGAAGUCUGGCCCAUUGGGCUGCCGCGGCGAUGACUGUGCCGGUGAGCCUGCGGGAGCUGCUGCUGGCUGGGGGCGGCGGCGCGGAGGGGAGCGGCGGGACGGGCGCCCCUGCCCCCGGGGAGGAGGAGGUGUGUGUGGUGGGCAUCUUCGGCAAGACGGCCCUGCAGCUGAGCUCCGAGAAGGCGGCGCUGGUGAGCACCGUGUGCGACCGGCAGGUCUUCCCCCUCUUCCAGCGGGAGAGCGCGGGGCACGGCGGGGCCGAGCCCAGGGAUGGCGGGGAGCCCGCGGCCGGAGAGGGGGAGCCCGCCGCCCAGGACUACAACCUGCUGCAGGCCUACUACAGCCAGGAGAGCAAGGUGCUGUACCUGGUGCUCACCUCCAUCUGCGACACCCCCCAGCUGCUGCAGGCCUGCAGGGACCUCAGCGCCGGGGACGCCAGGGUGCCGGGGCUCGGCCACCCCCCGGGCGCCCCGCUGCCCCAUGCCGAGGCCCAUGAGUUCUGGAAGCACCAGGAGAAGCUGCACUGCCUGAGCCUUCUCUACCUCUUCUCUGUCUGCCACAUCCUGCUGAUGGUGCACCCCACCUGCUCCUUCGACAUCACCUAUGACCGUGUCUUCAGGGCCCUGGAUGGGCUGAGGCAGAAGGUGCUGCCCUCCCUCAAGGCCGCCAUCAAGGACUGCCCGGUUGGCAAGGAGUGGAAGCUCAACUGCAGGCCGUGCCCGCCCCGUCUCCUCUUCCUCUUCCAGCUUAAUGGGGCCUUGAAGGUGGACCCCCCACCAGGCAGGGGGCAAGACCUCUGCGGCCAGCUGGAGAAGCCCCCACCCAAGAAGCAUUCACCUAAGAGGAGGUUGCAGCAUGCCCUGGAGGACCAGAUCUACCGCAUCUUCCGUAAGAGUCGGGUGCUGACCAACCAGAGCAUCAACUGCCUUUUCACUGUGCCUGCUAACCAGGCCUUUGUCUACAUUGUGGCUGGUGGGGCCCAGGAUGGAGAGGACCCGGUGGCCAUGCUGCUGGAGCAGCUCAGGAGCAACUGCACGAUGAAAGAGACCGAUUCCUUGCUGGCACCCACCUUGGCGGGGCCCAGGAGAUAUCAGAUGAUGAGACAUGGCAGGCAGCAGUUGUCCUUCCAUGUUGAGAGUAGCAGUAGCAGCUCCAGCUCCUCUGGGCAGUUGGUGGACUGCACCCUCAAGGAGUUCCUAUGGCAACAUGUAGAGCUGGUGCUCAGCAAGAAAGGCUUUGAUGAUAGUGUGGGGAGAAACCCUCAGCCCUCUCACUUCGAGCUUCCUACAUAUCAGAAGUGGGUUGCUGCAGCUCAGAAAUUGUAUGAAGUGGCUAUUGAGGGGAAAGAUGAUGACCCAGCUUCCCUCACUGGGGAACUGACCUCCAAAAUUAUGGGAAGCAUCAAAGUCUUGGAGGGGUACCUAGAUAUAGACACUAAGUUUUCUGAAAACCGUUGCCAAAAGGCUCUCCCCAUGGCCCACAGUGCCUACCAGUCCAACCUGCCCCACAAUUACACUAUGACAGUUCAUAAGAAUCAGCUGGCACAAGCCUUGCGUGUGUACAGCCAGCAUGCCCGGGGACCAGCCUUUCACAAGUAUGCCAUGCAACUUCAUGAAGACUGUUACAAGUUCUGGAGCAACGGGCAUCAGCUGUGCGAGGAGCGAAGUUUAACUGAUCAGCACUGUGUGCAUAAAUUUCACUUACUCCCAAAAUCAGGGGAAAAACCAGAGCCAGAUAGAAACCCUCCAGUGUUGUAUCACAACAGCCGGGCUCGCUCCACUGGUGCCUGUAACUGUGGGAGGAAACAAGCACCCCGGGAUGAUCCCUUUGAUAUCAAAGCAGCCAAUUAUGACUUCUAUCAGCUGCUGGAAGAGAAAUGUUGUGGGAAACUGGACCACAUCAACUUCCCGAUAUUUCAGCCGAGUACACCUGAUCCAGCACCAGCCAAGGAUGAGACCUCACCUGCCCCUCCAGAAGGAGAAGCUGAGAAACUUAAAGAAAAAGAGCCUCAAACCCAGGGAGAGAGCACCAGCCUGAGCUUAGCCCUUAGUUUGGGUCAAUCGACGGAUAGCCUGGGCACCUACCCAGCUGAUCCUCAAGGUGGAGGAGACAAUGCAGAGGCUCACGGGCAAGCAUCAGAAUCUAAAAGCGAGAAGAGGCCAAGCUUGGUAGAUCGCCAGGCAUCCACUGUUGAGUAUCUUCCUGGCAUGCUCCAUUCUAAUUGCCCUAAGGGCCUUCUUCCCAAAUUCUCUAGCUGGUCACUGGUCAAACUUGGCCCUGCUAAAGCUUAUAACUUCCACACAGGCUUAGACCAACAGGGCUUCAUCCCAGGAACAAACUAUUUAAUGCCUUGGGACAUUGUCAUCAGGACAAGAGCUGAAGAUGAGGGAGAUCUAGACACUAAUUCCUGGCCUGCUCCUAAUAAAGCUGUUCCUGGGAAACGAAGUGCAGUUGUAAUGGGACGAGGAAGGAGGAGAGAUGACAUAGCUCGAGCCUUUGUUGGAUUUGAAUAUGAAGAUGCCCGUGGUCGGAGGUUCAUGUGUUCAGGGCCUGAGAAAGUCAUGAAGGUGAUGGGUGGUGGGCCAAAAGAAUCUGCUAUAAAAGCCCUUAAUUCUGAUAUGCCCUUAUACAUCCUCUCAUCAACUCAGGGACGAGGACUUAAACCAUAUUAUGCUCAGUUUAUAAGACUCUUUGUUGUAGUGCCAGAUGCUCCACUGCAGAUAAUACUGACACCUCAGGUUCAACCAGGGCCUCCGCCUUGCCCUGUAUUUUGCCCUGAGAAACAGGAAAUAACCCUCCCGCCUGAUGGACUGUGGGUGCUUCGAUUCCCUUACGCUUAUGUGACAGAACGUGGACCCUGUUUUCCUCCUAAAGAAAACCAGCAGUUAAUGAGUUAUAAGGUUGUUCGAGGAAUACUAAAAGCCAUUACACAAUAAGAAUUAUUCUGGUACAUUGGUCCUGGUUUAAGGUGACUUGUUUUUUCAAUCCAAAUUAUGGAUUUUGAUUCCUGACUGUUGAUACUUAAACAGUAAUCACUGCUUGGUAUAGUGAAACCACUGCAUGUAAAGUGAAUAGGGUCCAGAUUCAGAAUAAAGUUCUGAGUAUCAAAGUGGAGAAAGGAACAUGACAACAUUCUCUGUUUACCAAUCAGUUUUCAUAUGUAGAAACCGGCGACUUUUAAUUUAUCUUUAUAUGUCUGAGCCUGUGUCCCUACAUGUUUUCAUGAGUCAACUCCUUGUCCCUAAUUACAUAUUUAGGAACUUAUAUUAAAAUUACCCCUGCUUGGAAUCAAGCUGUUACUUGUCAGAUGGAGACAGUGAGAAGAGAAUCUUUUUGUCUCUCUAACCUGCCUUUUUAAAUCAAAAAUAUGGACUCUUAUUGUGUUGUUAGCAGAAACUUUGUAUUUGAGUUUUUAAAAUGUAAUUACAGAUAUCUUUAGUCAUUUUUGGAUUUGUCUUCUCAAUUCCAUCAGAGCCAGGAACCCUGUUCAUUCAGGUCAGACAUAUUAAAA